UAAACAUUCUCUCACUGGCAUAGGUGUGUGCACUACUGUUUCAGAUCUGAUCUUUCAAAGUUGUCUCCUAUGAUUUAUCAUAUACCAUUCAUCAGUUUUAUUGGUUCACAACUUCACAUCGAAUGCAUUUUUCAGCCUAUAAGUAUAAGGACUUGUUUGGGCUUCUUUAGCUUAAGAUUGGAAAGAGAUUAUGGUUUUCUUAAAAUCAAGGUCAGUAACAGUCCAUGAAGAUCACCAACCUGAAGAAGAGUACAUCGCCGCCGCCGCCAGUGCCACCACCGGCGGGGACUGCAGGUCGCUGACAGUGUGGAGGAAGUCGCUGCUGUUCAGCUGUACAGGGUUUACUGUCAUCGACUCGUAUGGAGAUCUGGUGUACCGGGUUGACAACUACAUUGGACAGCGUCCGGGGGAAGUCACUCUCAUGGAUGCCUCAGGGAAGUCAGUCCUCACGGUUCGCCGUCGCAAGAACCUCAGACUAGUAGAAAACUGGCAUGUCUAUGAAGGCGAAGUGGGCGACACUUCUAGAACUAAUAGACCAUCAUCAUCAAAGCAGCCCAUAUGCAGUGUGAAGAAACACAUAAAUAUUCUACAUGCUAACCACAAUGUGCUUGCAUACGUUUUUCUGGGGAAUUCAGAUAAAAGAUAUGCGUAUAGGAUUGAAGGGUCGUAUGCAAAUCGAUCAUGCAAGGUGUUGGAUAAAUCAAGGAGAGUGGUGGCUGAAAUUAAGAGGAAGGAAGCCAUGAAUGAAGGAGUUUCAUUUGGGGUUGAGGUUUUUCUUCUGAUUGUAUGCCCAGGAUUUGAUUCUGGGUUUGCAAUGGCUCUGGUUUUGCUACUGGAUCAAAUGUUUUCCUAGUCAUGAAAUUAGUUUGGUAGAAUUCUUUUGAAUGGAUAUAUACGGAUCACAAGUAGCUAUGGGUUUUUCAUGAUUUUAUACUUUUUAUCCAAGUGGAAAUGGAUGAUUCCCUUUUUAGGAAACGUUUAGGAGUUCAUUUAAUGGGAUUCUUAAUGCCUGUGGUGUUUAUGCAUAUGGAGGAAGAAGGAGGGGUCCAUAAGAUAUUUGAUAAAAAUAGAGGGGCCAGCUAGCCACAGUAGGGUUGCAAACUUGCAAUUAUCGAAAAGUAAAGGGCUGGGGAAAAAACCAAAAGUCUAAAUUGGAGAUGCGGGGUAUCGAUCCCCGUACCUCUCGCAUGCUAAGCGAGCGCUCUACCA